CGCCUGUGGUGCUGAUGCUGCAGCGCGGCUGAAGAGGAGGAGGUGGAGGAUGAAGAGGAGCGAUCAGAUCAAUGAUCCCACAUGAUCGAUCAGACCAGCGGACAGGGUUCGGAACCGGAACGAAAACCACGUGACUGCCCAGGAGAAAACCAUCACUCCCUCCGCAGGCCCGAACCGGAACUCCAGCAUCCUCCGCCUCCACCUGAGCAGUCCAAGUCUCUUACCUGGGGGAUGUCAUUAGACUGUCUGAUGGCCACGGGUCACAUCUGAAGGUCUUAUGAAGUCGGUCACCAGGUGAACGAGAGCUUGGGGAGGUUGGCAGGUGUCGAGCAGCAAGAAAGACGGAGGUGGGGUCACAUGGAAAGCCCACAUCAUGGAGGUCAAAGGUCAAAUCAUCUCAGCACCCGGAAGCAGAAGGAGCGGAUGCUGGAGCUGCAGCAGAGGAGGCGGAGCCUGCAGGCCCUGCUUAGCAAACGAAUAGCUGAGCUGAGACACAUCUGUCUGCAGGAAGCGGAGCUGACGGGUGCAGUGCCCAGCGACUUCCCCCUAGAGGUGGGGGAGAAGCCCCCUUGCAUUCGGAGACGAGGCGGGACUUCCAACCAGGGAACCAGGAAGUGUCGAGCGGAGGUGGACGAGUCUCAGCGUUCCAAACCAAAGAAAACUUUAUUCAGCUGCGCUUUGAGGAAAUACAACUGCUCUGAACACGUCUCACACAGCCACACACACACGCACCACAACAAGAGGACCGUGCACAGAGGCUGCCACACAGAUGACACGGUGCAGUCAGAGAGCAGCUCUACGUCAGACUCGACAGGACAUGACAACGAUGACAACGCAUCUCAGUGUCGCCCUCCGCUGGUCUCUGCUGGAUCUCCGGUCUUCAACCAGAACAAAACCUGGAAGAAGUCAGUUCACAUCAGAAGCAGAAAUUGUGAAACACUUCAGACACAGAAGUUUCCUCAGCCUCCCUCCCAUCCUCCCCCUCCUCCCCCUCACUCUAACAACUCCUGCUCCUCCUUAUCCAGCCCCUGUGAAGCUGAAGCUGGGGGGGAGGGGGGUACCAGUUCAGAAGAUCAACUGAUUAGCAACCCCCCUCUAGAAGAUGGAGGUGGAGUCCAGAGGGAGGCAGGUUCCCAGGAACAGGGUUCCACCAGAACGUUCUGGAGCCCAGAAACACUGACGGACAGAUGGACAAGGAGGAAUAACAAAGUGCCUGAGGGGGGAGGCCGUGUGGGUAGCGGGGGCCAGGCAGGAGGAGGAAGAGGAGGAGGGUAUAGUGAGAUUCUGUUGGACUAUGUCUGGGGGAAACAGUGGCAGCGCCAGCAGUCCCAGCCUAACAAGCAGCUAAUCACAUCACAUCAGCUGCCCUACAACAGCUGCUCCACCAGGCAACCUCCCGGAGCCCCGCCCACUUACCAAAGUCACCAUGUCAACCAAUGCAGAGUCACCACAGCCAAGUCCUGCGGCCUGUUCCUACCGGUACAGAAGAGCCAGGCUAACUCCCACCAUCCAGCUCCAGACACCAUCCAGCCCGACCCCCACCCUCACCUGCUGCCCCCCCAACCCUCACAGCUGCCCCCCCACCAGGACUCCCAGUUGGAAGAGGCCACCAGGAGCCUCCACAAGGCAUUGGCCCUUGAAGGUCUGAGGGACUGGUACCUGAGGAACACCUUGGGUUCUUCCCACCAGACCAAUGGAAAAGUAGCCACCGGGGCCAGCACUAAGGUGACCGCUGGGGUCAAAGGUCAGACCGAAGGAGGUGAAGCUUUGCAGCGAAGUCUCACAUCUCACAGCAUUUCGGCCAAUCAGAGAGAGUCAAGUCAUCAGUACGCGUCGCCACAUCCCAAAAAGACGCUGCCACAUUCUGCGACGUUCCACGGACACCUGCUGCACAGCAGGUCUGUGGAGAAGUCAUUCUACCAAGACAUGUGUCGCUCCCAGAAACAGGAAGUCCUCCUCAGAGACACACAGGUAAACCAGCCCUCUCCUGGGACUCUGGUCUGACUCACCGACCAAUCAGGACACAGGCCGUUCCCGUGCUGGCCUCCCGGGUUCUGGUUCUGGAGGAGGGUUUCUGCCAUAACUUUCAGGUGAUGAUGAUUUCACUGUGAUGUAAUCAGCUGCCCCGCCCCACCCCACAGGUAACUUACCUGCAACAGAAACCUGUUGGUCCGGGUUGGACCCUGAUGGUUCUGACACACACCACGAACCUCCGAGGUUCUCCGACAACGUUCCAGGUAUCAGCAGAUCAACAUGAAUCCCACCAGCCAAUCAGAACCGGGCCAAGAUCCGAAUGUUCCAGAUGUUUAUUUACAAAAUAAAAGCCAACAUCAGGUGUUUGUGUUAGCCAAGAUCCAACGCCAGGACCUAACGGGACCACCAGACAGCAUCUGUGUUCUCAGUGGUUCCACUAGAACCAGUUCUGGUAGAACCUUGGCUGGCAGGAGAACGAGGAACAGAAUAGCUUCUGCACUAAAGCUCAGACAAUCAGACUUCUCCUCUCUCAGUGGAUGGCGAUGCCUCGCUCAGUCAGACCCGCCCCUCUUGCUGACAUCACCAGCUCACUGCAGCCAUCUUGUGAAGGUCAGGUAAGGACACCUGUUCACGUCUCAGGUGAGUCCAGGCAGGUUGUCUUGCCAUAUGGACUCAACAUGUCUGCACUAAAAGUCCAGCUCAGUUUAUCCUGAAGCAAAAGGAACCAGCAGAACCUGGACCGGCACCGAGGCGUUUGGACCCAGUUCUUUAGCAGCAGGUCCAUCUAAAACGAACCUUUGGACCAGAUCCAGGUCCAAACUCGGGUCUAAAUGUCCAGGUUCACAAAUCCUCUCUGUUCACCCUGCAGGUCCGAUUUCCCUGCCUCGCUGUAGGAUUCAAACGGGUCAAACGCAGAACCUCAUGUUUACAGAACACGAUGCUACACGUGUUCUCCAGCAGAACCGUUCCAUCUGAGACGAAACGAGACACGAAGCUUCGGGCCUCCUGCAGGGUGAGCGGAGCUCAGAUCUAAACCCAGGUCUAAUCUGAAGCAAUAAUAGAGUUCAAAGGGGCAAUCAGACGAUGAUGUCACAGACGAUGAUGUCACAGACGAUGAUGUCACAGACGAUGAUGGAUCAUUUUGAAAUUUUUCAGCUGCUUUGAUCCUCAUUUUGCACCAAACUCCAGAAAACUGGUGUAAAAAGUUUAUAACGAAAUCAUUUUUGAUGUUGGACUUCAGUAUCAAUGACCAGGAUCCAUGUUUGCACACCUGUACACCUGUCUCACCCUUACUCACACCCCUGUCUCACCUUUAUUGUGACUCCUGUCCCACUCUCACUGACACACCUGUCCCACUCUCACUGACACACCUGUCUCACCCUUACUCACACACCUGUCUCAUUCUUAUUGUGACUCCUGUCCCACUCUCACUGACACACCUGUCCCACUCUUACUGACACACCUGUCUCACCUUUAUUGUGACUCCUGUCCCACUCUCACUGACACACCUGUCCCACUCUCACUGACACACCUGUCUCACCCUUACUCACACACCUGUCUCAUUCUUAUUGUGACUCCUGUCCCACUCUCACUGACACACCUGUCCCACUCUUACUGACACACCUGUCUCACCUUUAUUGACACACCUGUGUCAUUCUUAUUUGUUCGUUAGUAUCCUAGGAUCGUUGCCAGAACUGCUAUGAUGAAUCUGUCGAUUGUGAACAUUCCAUGUUGAUUGCUAAGUUAUUUAAUUUGUUCUGAUUUGCAUAACAAGCCCCGCCCCUUGCAGCACAGAUGGUUGAACAUACCUGUCUCUCUGUGACUGGAGCAUCACAGACUCCCAGAUUGCACUGCACACACUCACCUGAACAGGUAAAUGCUGCAGAGUCACUGUGGUUCUGAUCUAUAAUACCGCAGUAUCAGUGGUACUGAGUGGGGUGAAGUUUGGGUCAACCAAGCCCGGCUAAGGAAAGAACAGAACCUCAGUGGGCCUGCUGGCAUGGUGUGAUACAGGUGUGAAAAGAAAUCUAAUAGUCAAACUUUAUAAUGAAGCACCAGAUAUAAGCAUUAUUUAUGACUCAUAACAAUCGUCUGUUUUCUGUAAAUCGUGAUGUUUGGUUAGCUAAAGAGGCUGAUGCUAGCUCGUUUCCAUGGUUUCAGUCAGUCAUGUUUAAAGAGCAAGUCACCCCCUACCAGAGUAUUACUCCACUCCCACUUCCUGUUUGAAAAAGGCAACAAAUGCUGUUGCCUGGCAGACCGAGAGGGCGGAGCCGCUAACAAAUACACACACACACACAGGCUCACAACGACAUUGUGACAUCAUAUGGUACCAGCUAACGUUCUAGGGUACCUCUUAGCCAAUAGCGAUGGCAGAUUUAAAUUCAAAUGCAGUGCAGAGUUUUUACCUGACAACGGCACAACACUGACAGUUUUAGGCAGAAUAUUUAAAUUUUAACUAAAAUGCACUAAAGUGCAAAACUAUUGACGACACGUGUCUGCAGCAUGAUUAGACACACAUUUAUAUAGUUUAUCAGGAAAAAAGAUGAUUUGGGGGUGACUUGCUCUUUAAGUACAAGAAGCGUUUGAAGUUUUUUCCCAGAUCAGAGAUGUUUGGAACAAGUUUUGGUCUUUUCUGUUUGGAGUGAGCGGGUGUUGUGCCGAGAUGCGUUCACUUAUCUAAAACGGUUUGGGAUGUCUCCUCCACAUGCAGCGUGGCGCCGUGGUGACGCAGACGUUUGUGAAGCACCAUGAUGGAUACUGAAUUAAUAAUAACAAUAAUAUGAAGGAAUUAGGUUUCUAUAGUGCUGUUCAAGGACCCAGAGUGCUUCACAUGCAGUUCAUUAUUCAUUCCCUCACCCAUUCAUACUGCGGUACAGGUAAACCACCAACCAGCAUUCACAGUCAGGUGAGGCGUUUUGCCCAAGGACACUAUGGCUCUAAAGUGGAGCUGGGGCCGAACCACCAACCCUCUAAUCACUGAACUCGCUGUACUUUUGAAAUCACUGCCCCCCCCAAUACCACCCCCACCCAGAUGCUGACAACGUUGCAUUCAGGCAAACUGUGUAAAUUAGACAAUUUUACCAUCAGCGUUGUAGUUUUUUUCUGGUGUGUAUAAUGUGUCACUGCUGGAAAAUUUUUAAUAAAGUUUUCUUAUCACUGUU